AUGUCUGAUAAAAAAAUUCGCAAACACAUUGCGACUGUGUCAGAUAGACAUUUUUAUAGAAGACUUAAUUGGGAAAUGCAGAAAUUACGUUCGGAAAGUGUUUUGCAGAACUCUGAAUGCGAAAAGGAUAAUAUUGAUUUGCCUAGUACUAGUGCUUGUACAAUAGAUAAUAUUGAAACUGCGACUAAUGCUUCUAUUGUAGAUGACUUUGGAGGACCGUCUUCUUACCAGGCAGAGUUACAGGGCGAUGUUGAAAGAAAUGAUUAUUCUUCUCUUUCAGAUAGCGAGGAUGAUGAUAUAACUGAAGUUUUUGAUGCAAGACAAUUUUUAGCAGAGUGGGCUGUGAAUUAUCAGAUACCUCAUAAUGCUGUAUCUGCACUACUUAAAGGGCUAAAACUUCAUGAUUGUUUCAGUGAUUUACCAGCAGAUAGUAGAACACUUCUGAAAACAAAAAGGACUGCUGUAUCAAAAGUUGUAAGUCCAGAAAUGCAAUCACCUGCAAGAACUGAUGAACACUUUCGAAGCUUAGAAGAUGAAGACUACCACAAUGGCUAUACGAGAUUGCUUGAAAUACCGUACAUUGGUUUAGUUACUAAUGUACCACUUGACUAUAUGCAUUUGAUUUGUUUAGGAGCUGUUAAGAGAUUGAUGCUUUUGUGGACUGAAGGUGAGCUUCCAAUUCGUUUACCAUAUGCUAAAACUAAUGACAUUUCCAAUUUUUUAUGCAGCUUAAAGAUUUAUAUACCCAAGGAAUUUGCUAGGAAGCCUCGAUCAUUGAAAUAUGUGAGAUCAUGGAAAGCUACAGAAUUUAGACAAUUAUUAUUGUAUAGUGGUCCAGUAGUUUUGAAAUCUCAUAUUUCAAAUGACUUUUACAAAAAUUUUCUUACUUUACAUGUUGCUAUUAAAAUUUUAUGUAGCAACACAUUAUUAAUUGAUCUUUUAGAUUAUGCUGAGCAGCUACUUCAUUAUUUUGUUGAAAGUUUUAAGGUAUUAUAUGGAGAUCAUAAUGUAAGUCAUAAUAUACAUAACAUAUUACACUUAGCUAAUGACGCCAGAAGUUUUGGUACACUUGAUUCAUUUAGUGCCUUUAAAUUUGAGAAUUACAUGCAGGUCUUGAAAAAAUACAUACGGAAGUCAGAGAAACCAUUGCAGCAGAUUUAUAAAAGAUACUUUGAGGUAAAAGAACAUUUUAUAGGUAAAGAUGUAAGGCCUGUAGCCAUGUCUAGAGUUUGUGAGAAGUCUAUGCAUUUCGAAGGGCCUUUGAUAGAGUAUUGUGGUAAUCCACAGUAUAAGGUUGUAUAUUGUUCAGAUUUCACAUUCAAUAUUAAUGAAAAGUCCGAUUCAUUUUGUGCUUUACGUAAUGGUAAAAUUGUGAAUAUAAUUAAUGUGGCAUUCUGUACAAAACUGAAUCAAUUAGUAAUAAUAGGUAAAGAAUUUAAAGUGAAAGAAGAUUUGUAUGACCAUCCCUGCAAAUCCUCUUUAAUUGGGGAAUAUAUGUUGAGUGAAACAUCUGAUUUAUUAACAUGGCCCAUAACAGAAAUUAUUCACAAAUAUGUUGUAUUUCCUCUCUGUACAGAUAUUGGGAAAUAUGCAGGAAUUCCAAUGGAGUGAUAUAUAUACUUGCAUUAUCAUACUUUUUCAUAAAACUAUUUU